GGAAGAUAGAGAAAAGACAUGGAAGGAAUGUCCAGCUGGAGGCUCCCGCGGCCAGUAGUGGGAGCGAAGCGCAUCCGCAGAGGAUCCUCGGUUGGAGGCUCAAAACCUCCCGCACCCAACCAAACUCCAGCGGUGCUCCUCUACUUCUCUACAUCACACCCCCUCUACUGCUCCUUCCGUUUACUCCCUCCUGCAAACCUCACAUCCCUCCCUCUCCUCUCCUCUCCCUCUUCCCUCUCUACGCCCCAAACAAACAAAGCUAAGGAAGAAACCGAGAAAUCUCCCUCCUGUUGUCUUGGCGGUGAGGCAAGGUCCAACGGUGAGGAUCAUGUCUGCGGCGUGGGAAGGCGGGAAGGAGAAAGGCGCGGCCACCCCCGCCCCCGGGGGCGCGUGCGAGCUGUGCGGCGCCAUGGCCAGGGUGUACUGCGGUGCCGACGAGGCCACGCUCUGCUGGGGCUGCGACGCGCAGGUGCACGGCGCCAACUUCCUGGUGGCGCGCCACGCGCGCGCGCUGCUGUGCCGGGGCUGCGCGCGCCCCACUUCGUGGCGCGCCGCGGGCCCGCGCCUCGGCCCCUCUGCCUCCCUCUGCGACCGCUGCGUCCGCCGCGGCUCGGGUGCCGUCGGCGUGGGCGGUGACGUGGAGAUGGGCGGCACGGGCGACGGCCGCGGGGACGAGGAGGAGGAGGAGGAUGACGACGAGGAGGAUGACGAUGUUGUGGUCGAGGAUGACGACGACGAGGAAGAAGGGGAGGGGGAGAACCAGGUCGUGCCCUGGACGGAGGAGGCCGAGGCGACGCCGCCGCCCGUCGCCAGCUCCACGUCCAGCAGCAGCCGUGAGGCCCCCGCCAACGGCGCGAGUGGUGGAGAGUGCGCAAAGGAAAACAUGCCGUGCUCCACAUCGCAGACGGGCCUGCUGUGCCACAACUCGUCGUCAGCGCGCCACGGCGGCCGCAGCGACGAGGUCACCUCGUCCCGGAACGGUGGCCGGUUCCUCGCCUCCGGCCACAGGAAGAGAUCACCCUCAGAUUUCUUCGGCUCUGCGUCGGCGCAAUCCGGGAGCGGCCCACCAGCGAUGAAUGGCUCCAACGCGGGUAUUGGCCGAAAUGACUUUACCUGAGGCAAGGCGACUCCCGGUGACUGGUGUAGAUGCUGAUGCUAACUACAUUAGAAGAUCACUUUUAGUGUAUCGAAGCGUGGGGAAGACGUGGAUCACGACGAGAUCAGCUUCCACGAGGCAUACACCUUCCUUCGGCCAUCGAAUCGAGGCGUGCAACUUUCUUCGCAGUCAACCUUGCACGUUGGGGAGUUAGUUGUCAGGGCAGCUGCGCGAGGACCAUGAUAGUAUUCCUAAAUGGUGACGGUUAUGUUGGAGAUUGUAUAUGUCCCCAUUACUUUGUCGUGUUUAAAUUCCUUCCUCCCCUUGUGUUUGUGGAUGAUGCGGAUUCGCUGACCUAAGAGAAAUGAUAUAGGGUUUCAUUUGCACUGGCA